AUGACCCUUGGCAGUGCUGCCAACACGAACGCUGCCGAUUACUGUGAUCCAGCGCUGUGCAAACCAAAUCAUGCCCACAUUGGGUGCAACGCUACGGGGCAGUUCGGCGAACUUUGUCCCCCCGGGGCGGCACAGCUCGUGGACAUGACCAAACCCCUGCAGGAGAUUAUCCUGAAGCUGCAUAACGGCCUGCGGAGCGAGCUGGCAAGCGGAAAAAUGGAUGGUUUUUCUGCGGCUGAACGGAUGGCGGUGCUGGCGUGGGACGACGAGUUGGCCUCGCUGGCCGAGUAUAACGCCCGGACGUGCCAGUACCUGCACGACGAGUGCCGCAGCACCGAACGUUACCGGAACGCGGGCCAGAAUAUCGGGCGGAAGUCGCGCACCGGCAAUGUCACCAUCGACCUGGAGCGAGCCAUCACCGAUCUGACCAACAAGUGGUGGCAGGAGUACGUCGAAACCAAUCAGACCGUCAUGGACGAGUACCGGCCCGUCGGUGAAGGCGUGGAUGUCAGCCAUUUCGCGCAGAUGGCCAGCGACCGCGUCACGAGAAUCGGUUGUGGUGUCACGCGCUACUACAACGACACGCAGAAACGCUCGUACGUGUAUCUCGUCUGCAACUACUCGCACAGCAACGCCCAGGGCCAACCCGUCUACCAAAAGGGCGCGAAGUGCGCCAAAUGUGAAGGUGCCGACUCGACCGCCAAAUGCAGCACGACCUUCUCGGGUCUGUGCGAAGGCAUCGGUGACGCGAUCGAUAAGGAGCUGUAGAAGGUGUAAGAGGUCGUAGAAGGCUCCUGGAGCACUUGGAGGGUGCCACAUUUGUUCCCUUCAGCUGCGGCAAACGCGUCUACGCGUCUACAC